AUGAAGUUUUCCUUGACUACAUCGUUAGCUUUAGUAACGGCCAUCAAUGCAUUACCAUUGACCAACAUUUUCCCACAAUCGAUUUUGAAUUUACCAAUCUUUAAUUCCAUUGAUAAUGAGCAUACCAACUUAGGUUACUUGUCUGAGUUAGAGGGAAUUGUUUCAAGUAUUAAUGAAGAAACUCUAGAUGAAGGUAAGUAUAAGGAUUUGCCACUUAUUGAAACCGAAAAGUUGCAAGAGUUAAUAAAUGAGAAGGGUUUAAGAAACAGAGCAGAAAAGUUGUACAACAUUUCUCUCAAUUCUGUCUCCGAAUACGGUAACCCAACCAGAGUUAUUGGUUCUCCAGGACAUUGGGGUACAAUUCAUUACAUUAUAAAUGAAUUGAAGAAAUUGAAUGGGUACUAUAAAGUUAGCACACAAAAAUUUGAUGCCAUUGAUGGUAAAGUCAAUUCGUUCUCUUUAUUAAUCGAUGGGGUCGAACCAAGAUCAUUGGAGCCAUUGGGUUUGACACCUCCAACCCCAGACAAGAAGCCUGUCCAUGGUAAUUUAGUCUUGGUUGAAGAGUUUGGUUGUUCGUUAGAAAACUUUCCAAAAUUCACGAAGGAUAACAUCGCCUUAAUCAAAAGAGGUAACUGUGCGUUUGGUGACAAGUCUAUCAAUGCUGGUUUAUCUGGUGCUUUAGGGGCUAUUAUCUAUGAUUCUGAUGGCCCAUUACAUGGUACUUUAGGGACUCCAACCGGCCAUGAAGUUGCUACCGUUUCUAUUUCGGAAAAAGAUGCUAAGGAUUAUAUUGAUGCCUUACUUAAGGACCCUACACACGUCUUUGAAACGACUUUAUAUGUUGAUGCAUAUGUCAAAAACAUUACUACCUUAAAUGUUAUCGCUGAAAGUACCUACGGUGAUCAUGACAACGUUGUUUCCUUAGGUGGCCACUCAGACUCUGUUUCUGCAGGCCCGGGUAUCAACGACGAUGGUUCCGGUUCUAUCUCUUUAUUAGAGGUUGCAAAACACUUAACUAACUUCAGGAUUAACAAUGGUGUCACCUUUGCGUGGUGGGCUGCCGAAGAGGAAGGUUUAUUAGGUUCUUAUCACUAUGCCAACACCUUGACUCCUGAACAAAACUCCAAGAUUAGAUUAUUCAUGGAUUACGAUAUGAUGGCAUCACCAAACUAUGAAUACCAAGUCUACGAUGCCAACAACGAAGACCACCCUAACGGAUCUGGUGACUUGAAGGACUUAUAUAUCGAUUGGUACACUAGUCACGGAUUAAACCAUACCCUAGUACCAUUCGAUGGCAGAUCUGAUUACGUUGGAUUCAUCGACCAUGGUAUCCCUGCCGGUGGUAUUGCUACCGGAGCUGAGGGAAUCAAAACCCCUGAUGGCAAAGAAAAGUUCGGUGGUGAAAUUGGCAAAUGGUUCGAUCCGUGUUACCAUCAAUUAUGUGAUGAUUUGAGUAACCCAAGCUACGAAGCUUGGAUUGUCAACACUAAAUUGAUCGCCCAUUCUGUAGCAGUUUACGCUAAUUCAUUCAAAGAUUUCCCAGAAAGAGAAGCCACUGUUACUACAAAGUCUAGCGAUUUCAAAUUCCGUGGAUCCAAGCUUAUCGUUUAG